CUCAACCACAUGUUUAAGAGUUGACAAUCAGUCUAAACAUGUGAGAUCAAAUAACCAUCUACCUACGCCUACUAUAGAUGUGGAGUAUAUCCAAGUCUUCAAUCAGGGGUCCUUUUGCGCCCCGAGCCUUGACAUCGCCUCUGUAACAUGUCUCAUGGGAUGAACCACUGAGACCCUAUUUUAUCUAACCUUCAUUGAUGCCGUAACAGUCAUACCUAACCCUUCUGCUAAACGGUUAGAAUUAUGAUAUGGAACAUGCAGUUUAUAUCUUCCUGGUUCUGAGAGAAGAACUGCAUCUCGUUAUAAGAAACCUACUGCUCAAGUUUGUUAUGGGGCGGCCCAAACCUACGCCCUUUUGUCAUUAAAGUAGGUGUCUAGACUAAAAAGAACCCAUUUAUUAAGCAGGCCGUCCGGCAUCAAUACCAUAGAUAUAUGAUAUAGGUACAACUUGGAUUCAACAUCUACAGUCACAGUACGUGUUGCGGUUUGUAACUCAUUGUACCUGUUUUGUCAGUCAAUAUGAAGACCCUCCUUUUGCUCGGAGGUAUGACGCCAGAUGUGACCAAGUUAUACUACGACCUCAUCAACCGCACAGCCCGAGCAGCUCUCGGUGGCCGGCACAACGCUCCGCUAUACAUGUACAGCGCCGAUCUGGAGACCAUGGUCCAGCACGCCGGCGCAGGGGAAUGGGAUGCCUUUGCCAAGGUCUACACGGAUGCAAUCGACGCACUGGCGGACAAAGUCGAUGCCGUCGUCGUGUCUGCGAUCCUGGCGCACAAGGUCGCGGCGCGACUCACUCGAUCUCUUUCUCCCACUGGCGUGCCAUUGCUUCAUAUUGCUGAUUGCGUAGCUGCGCAUCUUAAAGCCCGGUUUCCUCAUGUCCGCACUGUCGGGCUCCUAGGGCCGAAGAUUACGAUGUUGGAUAGAGAUGAUCCUGACUUCUUCGUGGGCCGAUUGGAAACUCCUGGGAACGGAUUUAAGGUCCUGGUGCCGGAAACACAAUCUGACCUAGAAGAAGUCAAUCGUGGCAUGAUGGAGGAAGUUGCGAAAGGCGCUGCUGCUGUGACGCCGAACACGAAGGACAUGUUCGUGAGACAGGCGAAUAGGUUGAUUGAGCGCGGCGCCCAGGGAAUCAUAUUAGGCAGCACGGAUCUGGGAUUCGUUGUGCGCCAGGAGGAUCUUCCACAUGGGGUUAUUGUUAUCGAGCCGGGCGCGAUCCAUGCUGAAGAAGCUGCGAAAUGGGCUUUGCGAAGUUGAGAUGGUGUAGGGCGCCUUGAUGAGUUUAUGCACGAUAGAACCAUCGCGAUUAUGUAUGGGUACUUAGAUAUGUAGCUAUAGAUAUUGUAGUUUAAUGUAGUCGUUUCUUGUCCUUAUUACUCGCUCAACUAGAC